UGCGUUCGCUGAUCCCGAAGUGGAAGAAGUCUGGGUGUUUGCUGCAGAUGGACGGGUGGUCCGAUCGCCGGAACAAGCCCCAUCUGAAUGUCAUGGUGUCCUCGCCAGUCGGUAAGGUCUUUUGGAAGUCAGUGUGCAUGGAGGGCAAGGAGAAGGACGCUGAAGCUUACUUCCGUGUCUUGGAUGGGGUCAUCAAAGAGAUCGGAGCGGACAUAGUCAUUGGUGUCGUCAUGGACAACGCAAGAGUGUGCGUCAAGGCGGGGAAGAUGGUGGAGGCCGCCUAUCCGAACAUCUUUCACGUCGGAUGCACUGCGCAUGCGCUCGAUCUUGCGCUGGAGGACAUGUAUAAGCACAUGCCUUGGAUGGCGGAGGUGGUUGAUGCCGGGAACAAGGUCUGCAAGUUUUUCACGAAUGUGGACAAGGCGAGGGCCAUGUUCCACAACUUCUCACCGAAGACGAAGUUGAAGCGCCCUGCGGCAACCAGAUUUGCCACCAACUUCCCGAUCCUCGGGUCUUUGAAGGAACUGAAGAAUGCACUGGAUCGCUGCGUUUGCAAUGUGGGAUGGGUGGAGAAGAUGGUACGGGCAAAGCAGUUAGUGGCGUUCAACGCUGUGACGGCCAUCAUUCUAGACAAGGGCGACUUUUGGAACAACCUCAACAAGGCACUCGAUGUGAUGCAGCCCGUGGUGGAGCUGCUUCGGCUGGUGGAUGGACAAGGACCGACCAUUUCGAAGGUGUACUUCAAAAUGGAUCGGGUUGUUCAGCGCAUGCGUGCCCUCGAGUGCCUUUCAAGUGAGGAGCACGAGGCAGUGGAGCGCAUCCUCAUGGACCGCUGGUCAUUCAUGACCAGCGAGCUGCAUUGUGCUGCAGCCUUCCUGGAUCCUGAGCACCGAAUGCAGAACGCGCAGCGCGACCCGGAGGUUCGCGCAGGAUUCAACAUCUGGCUAUACUCCUGGAUGCCACGAGAUAAACUCAAGGAAGUGAGCUUCCAGGUUGAUCAGUGGGUCAACGCUUUAGGAGGGUUCUCCACAGAGGAGGCGCGCGAGCAAGCCAGCCAGCAACCACCAGCUUUGUGGUGGAAGGCUUUUGGCUCCAAACACGACCUCCUUGCACCGCAAGCCAUCAAAUUGCUUGGCCAGGCAAGCUCCUCCGCUGCUUGUAAGCGGAACUGGAGCUUGCAUGAGCUCAUCUACGGGAGAAGGCGCACGAAGGUCAUGCCAGAGAGGAUGGCCAAGAUCGUGUACAACAGUUGGAAUGUCCGCCUUCUGAAGAGCAUUCGGCGCGGCGGGGGGGAUGAAAUCCACAUCCCAUGGGCGGAUGACGUCCCGGUGGACAAGAAGAUGGAGGACUGGUACGCAGAUUGGCUGAAGCGUGUCCACGGAGAGGUGGAAGAAGAAGAGGUGGUUGUGGCGGACGCCGAAGACGAGGAAGACGAGUUUCCACUGCGGCGCACCUUCCAGUGCAAUGACGAGGUUGACGAGAGGUUGUGCGAGGAGGAGGACUCUGUUCUCGUCGGUACACGGGAGCGCGAUUGGCACGAGUGCACGAAGCUUGGGAAAUACCGUGAGCGUGAGUUGCGCAGGAGAUCAGGCAGCGAGCUGCCUGUGCCUCAGGAGUUGUAUACGGAGGAGGGUUAUGCUCUUGCAUUGGCAACUCGACGGGCGGGCACAUGGGUGGAGGGUCGGGAGGAGGGACCACGGAGGAGGCGCACAAACAAGGGAAAAGAGAAGAUUGAUGACAACGCGCCCGUGCAGUGUGGCAAAAGGAAGGUUGUUGAGCAACAACAGCCACGGCCGAAGAGGGGUCGUCCCACAUUGGCGGAGAAGGCAGAACGCAGGGCACGAAAGGCGGAAGAGAAGGCCGCCAAGGCAGCAGCUGCCGCUGCCGCAACAAAAGCUGCUGCGGUCAAAGCCGUUGCGGCCAAAGCCCAAGCAGCGGCGAAAGCCGCCGCCAAGAACGCUGCCGCUGGGAAGACGAAGAGAGCCGCCAUCAUAAAUGAUGACGACGAUGACGAUAUCCCGGAAGACAUCCGGGGAGAUGAAGAGCUCGAAGGCUCAACAUCGACUUCUUCCAGCUUAGGUGACACAUCUGAUUCCGGUGGGGGGGAGGGAACGGAGGAGAGUGACGAGGAAGAAGGCUGUGAGGGUGAGGUGCAGCCGGAGGAGAGCGAGGAGGAAGAAGGGGAACAGGCAGCGUAGGGUGCACCCGCUGUGCUGUUUUGGCAGACAAACUCAAGUUACUAAGCAAUUUGAAUUUUGAACUUGUGGAUCUUUUUUAUAUAAGUUUUUAACUUUUUGUCAAUUUUUUUGUUGUCUUUCUCAUUCUUUGCUGUGUGUGGUGCAUCAUCGAUUGUUCAAAGUUUGUUUUCUGUGUUUUUGUGAUGCCAUACCGCCGCUCGAUUCCAUGGAUGCAAUGAAUGCAUGCUGUCGUG